AUGAAGGUGUCGGUGUCUGUCAAGGGUGCCAACCAGCAGCUGGAUGGGGUCUACGUGCGACGGGACGACUCCAACAGCAUCCGGCAGCGCUGGAAGAAUCUGAUGCACCCAGACCAGUGGAUCGUGUAUGACCACGACGAGUGCCUUUGGAAGGUGGGGCUCCCGGAGAAAGCGGUGGCCACCGCCUCGCGGGAGAACUGCGAGGCGGAGGCGGAGUGGUUCGCGCAGACACCCAACUUGGAGGACGGCAAGCUGAGGAUAGUGGUGGCGGGCGUGGAGGACCGCCAGCAGUCCAUGAGCAACAGCAACGAGCGCACGCUGAGCGAACGCACGCCCCCGCAGAAGAGGCCCUUGCUGGUCUCAACAGCCGGUGCCGUGCCCUGA